AUGGCUCUGGCAUCAAGCACUGAGGACAUGGAAAUACUGCUGAUCUCAGUCACGUACGGGAACGUAGAUGCGCAAAACUGUCUUCGUAAUGUCGUUUCCAUGUUUAACGUCAUCGAGAAGGAAAUGCAAUGGCGUAAAGAUCGAGGUCUGCCAGAAGGCUUUGAAACCAUGCGAAAAUGCAAGCCUACCGUUGCUGUUGGUGCCAAAGAACCGCUUGGUGGUCAAACCAUGGUAGCAGAUUAUUAUCAUGGUAUCGAUGGCUUGGGCAACGUCCAUCAUACGCACCCACACCACACCAGCCCCUCGGAAACCUGGUCCCAUCUCUUUGAUGCCCCGCCACCUGCGACACUUCUCUCCUCUAUUGCAGUCAGCGCUGCUCACACCAGUCCAGCAUCUCAUACCAAUUUGUUCACGCCCUCCAACCGCCACUCACCUUAUGAUAUUCUCCGCAUCCUUGAAGAGAAUCCCGCGGACACCAUCACCUUGAUCGCAAUUGGACCGUUGACAAACUUUGCCAUUGCGGCUGCAGAAGAUCCGAAGACUUUCAUGAAAGCCAAGGAGGUUGUAGUCAUGGGCGGAACCAUUGACGAACCUGGCAACAUCACACCAGUGGGAGAGUUCAAUUGCAUAGCUGAUGCUACCGCAGCCGCAAGGGUAUAUGCAUUGACAUCGCCAAAUCCCGCGAGCACGAUGCCACCAAUGGCUGGACCAUCUUCGCUACCGCCUUAUCCCCAAAAAGGUGAAAUUGGCGACAGAAGGCUCAACGUGAUCAUGUUUCCCUUGGACGUCACCACCCCUCACACUCUGCGUCGUGACGAAGUGGAAGCAAAGACUAAGCCUCUGAUCGAGAAAGGUAGUCCUCUUGCCGAAUGGGUUGGUGCCUUCCUCUCCGCCACGUUUGAGAAGUCUGAAUCCCUUUACCACGGCCACGAAGGGGGAAGCACAAGUAUGGCUUUACAUGACAUCGUGUGCAUAUGGUAUGCGCUCACGUCAUCUAUCCGACCUGAGUGUUGGGAGAUGAAGAGAGGCGAGGACGUCAGGGUCGAGACUCAAGGCCAAUGGACCAGAGGCAUGUGUGUAGUUGAUCGGCGAGACAUGAAGAUGCUAGACAACGAUGAUGGGGAGAGUCAAGUCUCUGGGGACACCGGAGGAUGGUUGAGCACAUUGAGAGGUAAUAGAGUAAACAGAUGUGUGGGGACACCUGGAGCUCGGGUGCUGGCACCCUUGUUGCUCAACACAAUCUUUGGAUCUGGUGAAUCUAAGUAG